AUGAGACGUUCUUUCCUCUGGUUUGUCCUGCUGUUGCAGGCGGCCGCAGUCCUCAGUUCCGAUGACGCGCAAAAGGUCCUCAAGCCCGAGAGCGACGACAAUCAGGUAACAGGGAACCAAGGGCAUGCAAAGAUCCAGACAGACGUCGUUCAAGAGCAACAUGCACCCCCUCCGAGGCAACCAGGGGCCGACUUGGUCGACUUGGCUAUCCAACAGCUGGAGAAGCUCCCAUCACGAAACUUCCCGAGACGCGAACGCCGAUACACCAUCGUCUGGACCGCUUUCCGAUAUGCCCUCAAAGUUAUGCCGAGCCUCAAGGCCGCCCCGGUCCCCGGCAGCACCCCGGCGCAGGAGACGAAGGUCAACGGGCCGCUCUUGGACGCCGUCAAGCUGUUGGAACAGUCCGCUCUCCAGAACAACUCCGAUGCGCUUUACCUCCUCGCCGACAUGAACUUCUACGGCAACUGGACACACCCGAGAGACUUGAAGGUUGCAUUCGACCACUACCAGACCCUCGCGACGCUCCACGGAAACCGCACUGCGCAGUAUAUGGUCGGCCUUUACUACGCAACUGGGGUUGGCCAUGUGGUCGUGCCGGACCAGGCGAAGGCGCUCCUCUACUACACCUUUGCGGCGAUCCAAGGGGAUACUCGUGCGGAAAUGGCGGUCGGUUACCGGCAUCACAGCGGCGUCGCGACGCCCAAAAACUGCGACAUUGCGAGCAAAUACUACAAGAGGGUGGCGGACAAGGCGAUGGAGUGGUAUCGAUCAGGCCCUCCAGGCGGCAUGGCCUGGGUUGUUGAAUCAUACCGCAUUGCGGAUGAGCUCGGUGGAGUUUAUGGCGAAGGCGCCAGUGCCUCGAGCGCUGGGAUGAACGCCAUCAAAGUGAGCCCCAACUCGGACGCGAAUGCAGCCAUCGACGACGUUAUCGAGUACCUGGACCUUAUGUCCCAGAAGGGAGAUGCGAAAGCAUCUUAUAACCUCGGACGCAUCUACUACGAUGGCCAGAGAGGACUCGACAGAGAUCUGGAUCUUGCUCGGAAGUAUUUCUUCACUGUUGCUAAAAGAUACUGGAGAAAGGAUGGCCGCAUUAUGGAAAACCACAAGCAAGGGAUCGAGAAGACGGCCAGCAAGGCCGCUGGCUUCAUUGGUCGGAUGUACCUGAGAGGUGACGGCGUCGACCAGAGCUUCGACCAAGCCAAGAGGUGGUUCGAACGCGGCAUCUCUCACGGAGAUGCUCAGUCACAGCACGGCCUUGGGCUCAUGAUGUUGCACGGGUACGGGCAGCAGAAGAACGUUGCCAUGGCCACCGACCUCUUCAAAGCCGCCGCUGAGCAGGACUACGCCCCCUCGCAGAUAGAGCUGGGCGUUCUGUACCUGGAUCAAGGUGGAGCAGAAGAUGUUCGAAUUGCAAACAACUAUUUUGAGUUGGCUGCCAGGUACGGUCAGAUUGAGGCUCAUUACUACCUCGCUGAGAUGGUCUACCAUGGUGUCGGCCGCGACAAGACUUGCUCCAUGGCUUUGGGAUACUACAAGAACGUCGCUGAGAAGGCCGAACCCCUCGUCUCCUCUUGGGCUGAGGCGAAUCAGGCAUACUACUACGGCGAUCAUGAACUCGCUUUCUUGGAAUACGUCAUGGCGGCAGAGCAAGGCUACGAAAGAGCGCAGAACAACGUCGCCUUCAUUCUCGACCCGCUGAAGUCGAGCAUGACGGUGCCCGACUGGCUGCCGCUGCCACAGUGGCUCGGGUCUGAGUCGACUCGCCCUAGCCUGCUCAACAACCCGACCCUCGCUCUCAUGUACUGGACCAGAUCGUCCAGGCAGGCGAACGUCGAUUCGCAGGUGAAGAUGGGCGACUAUUACUUCUACGGCAUCGGCUCGGAGCCGGACGUCAACAAGGCUGUUCAGUGCUACACUGGUGCCUCUGACUACUCUCAAAGUGCGCAAGCCCUCUGGAACCUGGGAUGGAUGCACGAGAACGGUAUCGGCUUGACCCAGGACUUCCAUCUCGCCAAGAGGUACUACGACCAAGCUUUGGAGGUGAACGAGGAAGCAUAUCUGCCCGUCACCCUCAGCCUGCUGAAACUGCGCGCGAGGAGCGCGUGGAACACCUUCACUCAUGGACCUAUUCACUCUAUUCAAGACGACCCCAAACCGAAGAAGGAUUGGUCGCUCGCCGAGUGGAUAGCCAACUUCCUGCAAGACGACCAGAUGUUCUUCGACGACCCAUACUACGAGGACAUCUUUGACGACACUAUCGGUGGCGGCCCUGACGGCGCCCCACUGGAGGAUGACGGAAUCGCGGAGAGCCUCAUCAUCGUGUUCCUCGCGUUGUCCCUCGUCUUGUUGCUUUACUAUCGCCAACAACGACAGCAGCAGCACAGACAAGAGGAGGAAGCGAGACGGCGUCAAGAACAGCAGAACCAGCAGGGUCAGGCCGCGGCGCCCGCUCCCGUCGCACCCCAGCAGGAUCAGGGCAUGUUCCCGCAACCGGGCAACCCGGAAUGGAACAACUGGGUCGCUGGGGGUAUCGGUCACUGA